GUCAAUAAGUCUUGCCAAGCGAUUGGUUACAAAUGAAGACCCUAGACCACGGGAAACAGCACCUCUCGCUCACUUUGUGAAUGGACUAAGAGAGAUGCGCGCGUUAUACCAAGAGCUCUCACACUGAUUGGGCACGUGCAUUCGGUAAGCUUCUAACAGGAUGUGAAUGAGAACGACCGAGUCCAGAGAUAAUGCUGAAAUACUGAAGGCUUUUUCGGUGGCUUUUGAUUCAGUGCGGAAAUUGUUUGGCGAUGGAUAUUAUCUCAAGCAAGGCUCAGCUGAUCAGCGAUGAGAUGUCCAUUUAAGUCACUGGUUCGGACAGAGUGUUUAGUGAGAUGAAGAUGUUUGGAAACAGUUCAAAACUACCAAAGGAUACCACACAAGAAGCAACAACAUCAGCUCUGCAACAGUGAGACCACUCCAAAGAAAGUGUACCUGCUGACAUAACUAAAGGGAGAUAACGCUCGUUUGAAAACCAACGUUGACCACUCGAAAAUAUCCCGAUGGGGUGAACCAGGCCCAACGCCUAAAAUGAUCCCUAUAGCCCAAGGUGUGUAUAGAUUGCUAGUGUGGCUUACAGUAGCGGUGAUUGGCUGGUGUGAAGCGGUGGGGAUUCCAAGUCUUCCGGAUACCUACGGACGAGAGUUUUUUCUACCCUACAUCGAUUAUUCCCCUUGGCUCCUGACAAUCAAUAUUGUGCCUACAUUUCAUGAAUUUUCAAAUUUCACAAUUACAAUAACUGACCAUCAAACUAGAAAAGCAGCAGAGUGGGAAAUGGUGAAAUAUGGAAGAGUUAGCCUCAAUUAUACAGACAUCAUCAACAACUACGACAUGACGGAAUAUUCAGGUACACACAUUAACUCUCCAGAAGAUAUUUCUAUUUACAUCAAAAUGAAGAGAGGGGACAUGAUGACACUGUUUCCAUUGGACUCACUAGACCACGAGUAUUUCAUCCCACAGCGAUCGUCUCCCUUGGACUAUUCCCUUGUGUUCGUAUUUGCAGUCUCAAAAAACACCACCGUCACAACAAACUGCAAUUUGACAGAUGCGAUGGCCAAUGUGUCACAUGACCAAUAUGGCGACCAGACGUCUUAUCCAAUCAACGCCUUCGAGACAUUGAAAUUAGAAACCUCCAAUGGCAACACGAUACGUGUUAGAGCGGAUAAGCCAGUGGGAGUGAUACUUUUGACAGUAGACGUGCUAUACGACACCGAGAACUCCUCUUUUGAGGAUUCAAACUUAGUGUAUUUUGAAUUUGUCCCUCCACGCUGCACGUGGGGAAAGCUGUUUUAUGCCGUGUCGUUUUUUGAGCAUGGCUCGUUAACUUUCACAAUAUCUGCUGAAUUGGAGACCAACAUCACCCUAAAAACACACGACUCCAUCGUGAACGCCAUUGUCGGAGCCAACACGACGGAACAUUAUCUGUGUGCAAACGUGUCAUAUGUAACAUUGGCCGCUUCAAGCCCAGUGCAAGCAUAUGUGACCCAGACAAAUGAAAAAAGUCAUCUUGGCUGCAGAAGUUCCUAUUUCCUCCCUCCGAUUGAGCAGUAUUUACGGUGCCUCCGAACCUGUACGGAACUAUUGUGCCCUUCCUUCCUCCCCCUCAGCCUCGCUGACUUUCAACCUUCCAUCUCUCAUUGUGUCAUUUUCUCGGAUGCAAAUUCAUCUACAAACUGCACAGUGGCAACGUAUACCAAAAUUGGUGUUCAUAAAUCCACAGUAAAGACAAUAAAGGUAGAUAACUCUUACAUGGUCUUCCUCCAAGAUGGCGCCGCCGGAAGUGUGAUCCCUAUGGGGUCAAGGCUGUCCCGGAUACACGGGGCUUGUGUGCAGACAAUUGUCGCCAACGGUGGGGGCGGUGACGGAGUUGAUAACGACUGUGACGGCUUCAUUGAUGAAGAGACGUUGGAUAUGGAAGAUGACGACGGGGAUUCCAGGGUUGAUGAGGACACAGGGAUGGUGUGCAAUGAAACUGAAACGUCAAGGUCAUUGCGGUCGAAGGAGGUUGACAAAUCGGUGACGAAUGUUUUCUUCAGUGGAGUUGAUUACGUGGACGAGGAAGACUCCCAGAAGCCUUUGAUAGCUGUAAUUGUUUCCCUAUGUGUCUCAAUAUUCGCGGUUUUUGCUGUUAUCUCUAUAUUCAUGCUUCUUGAACUUUUAUCCAGGCGAAAUCAGCUUCGAAACACAAAAAUCAGACCAUUUGUUUCAUGAAAGUGAGAGGCCAACUUAUAAAAAUACGCUUGUUGCCAAUUGAUUCCUUACAAUAGAAUAACAGUCAACUCAAAACGCUUUGGUUCGUUCUGCUUAUGAAUAGACACAACAAUGGCUGAUACCAAGAGGCAGAAUGCAUGUUAUUGACGAUCAAACAUUACAGCUUGAUACCAAACUGUGUCGUCUUAUAAUACUUGGGAAGUUUCUAUCCCCCGACACAACAUCACAUAAUAUAUUCACAAUGAACAGGAUGUGUAUAGUGAUAUGUUUGAUAUAUAUGUUGCUGCGCAAACAACAUAUAAUGCAGUGUGACAUGCAGGUGCAAGUUCUACAGCAUGAUGAUGAGGAGGAGGAGGAGGAGGAGUGUUGACACAGCAGCAAUACUUUGAUAUAAUUGCUCGAAAGACUACUUAGUGUUCAAAGACAUGCAUAAUAAGUUCGUUUCUCUGUAGCUCCAGGGGGGCGGUCGGGUAGCCUGGUGGUUAAAGCGUUCGCUCGUCACGCCGAAGACCCGGGUUCGAUUCCCGACAUGGGUACAAUGUGUGAAGCCCAUUUCUGGUGUCCCCCGCCGUGAUAUUGCUGGAAUAUUGCUAAAAGCGGCGUAAAACCAUACUCACUCACUGUAGCACCGUAAUACCUAAUCCUAUGUAAUCGCAAUAAGACAAGUAUCCAUCGUUUGUCAGCAUCAUACCUUUGCUCGCCAGUUUCGCCGAAAUAGUAAAUAUAUAAAACCUGCAUAACCUACGCUAUUCUUCUAUUAAGUAAUUUGGCAUGACGUCGUUGUGGAGCUGAAGUAUUGUUCGACGCGAAUUAACCCCAAUUCACUCACUCACUCACAUACUUGAAUACUGUCGUUUACCCAUGGUCGACAGACAGCCCAAUGGAUAGAUAAGAUUGGAUGGUAUUCGUGCACUGUUCAAGCAGGAUAAUAUUGCUGUCAAGUUAUAUCAACCAACGUUUCUUACGAAGAAUCGAAGCUGUUUUUCCAAGCUACGACAUCGCAUUCCCUACUUUCAAUAUGUGCAUGGUGGCACAGCCAAAUGUUCCAAAGAGUCGAAUGACCACAAUUUCCCUGAAUACAUCUGGAUUGCAUUAUAUUGCUUUAUAUUUCUUCGUUCUUCUGGAUUGUAAUGUUUUUUGUCGGUAUUAUUAUUUAACCUGUAUUUGGAAAGUGUUUUAUUUCGUUAGAAUAAUCAUCAUAUAUUUUCCACGUCUGGAUAGGUUGGAAACUGAAACUGACUUGGCUGCUGCUGAAAGCAAACAUACAAGUAACCAUGAGACUAUACAACAAGCGGUUGCGUCAGGUCGAUAGGAUUAAAUAUAGCUGAGCAAUACAGUGCAUAUGAUAGUGAGAGAGAUAUUCUUAACGCCGCGUUUAACAUUAUUUCAGUUACAUCGUUAUUUGUCAGCUUAAUGUGGCGAAAAUGGAUAAAUCUGUAUAUGUAAACCCUUUUCGUGACGCAAAUGACCCAAACUCACACCAGGAUUUGACCAAUCAAAAUCAACCGUUCCCAUCUCAGGUUACAAAGCGCGCCUCUGAUCUUGUCGUAGAUAGAACCAGCAUCUCAUGGAAACAGAAGCAACAACAGGGAAGUAAAGAGGAGGUUGAUGCAUGUUUAAUUUAGCCGCCCACUCAUAAUUCCAGCGAAACGAUUUAUUCAUACGGUCCUGGUUAAAUAUUCAAAGGCUCAUAUAUACGUGGAGAUCACCACAUGCAUGAAUAUUAAAUGACAUUGUCCUGAAAUAUACUUUAUACAAGCUCAUCAAUUGCACAUGAAAGUAGGUGGGGAGGUUGUACGUUGAAAGGUAGAGAAACUAUAAACGUGGAAACUCUCAAUUUAAUGCCUAUUCUCGAAAAUACGAUGAAUGGUUCAAAUAUAUUUGCAGAUGUUCAACAUAGCAACAUGGCGACAUGACACAACCAUAGCAACAGUUCAUAGGGAAGUCAAUCCUCAUCUGUCGCUCAUUUUCGUACUAGGAGCUGAGAUGUCCGGAAGACUUAUUUUCACAUAAGAAAGAUUGCCUUAAGUUGAACUCUAAAGAUGCUUUUAUAUACAUGACACAGCCAGCAUCACUCUUUGGAAUAUAUGGAAGGUGUUAUUUUGAUACAGGAUGAGGAACAGAUUCUAUAUUUUCCGUUAUGCUUAUUAUUUUAAAUGAUUUCACUUUGACUUUGUUCAAUGUUGUUCAGAAAAUAUACAGUUAGCAUUGUGGGGUUUAUACUACACAAAAAAAGUUAAAGAACAGCCAAUCGUUUUCAAAUGACUAUAGUUAAUUUGUCAUGACAGAUUAACUAUAGUCAUGUGAGAAAAUCGGGUGUUCCUAAAAAAAAUUUGGGUACUAUAUAUAACUUGAUUGACAUCUUAAAUAUACUGUUAGUUUGCGCAUAGGGUUGAGAGGAAGUUAUGUUUGGGCAACUCCGAUGCUAUACGAGUCUGUCGAAGUCGUCCUAAGGUCUCUCUGACCUGACAUUAGCGGUGGUUGCAGAACAGUCAAGUUUCUUUGGCAUAGGAAAUGACCCUCAAGGCCAACUUCCCUCGUCUCUCGAGGUAUUAUUUUAUAUCAAUUCCAGUUUUACUCAUAAUCAUCAUCAUCAUCAUAAUCAUGAUGAUGAUGACGAUGAUGAUGAUUCCAUAACUUAAGUUAUAAUUCGUCAUCAAUCACAGUCAAGACAGUGCACUACUGAAUAAAUAAUCGCCCUGCACCACCUACGCAUAUCAGAAAACAAUGGUCAUCCAUUGUUUUUAAGCAAUGUAUCUACUGUUGCAUGGUCUUGAAAUCCAGCCUUUCCACCACGUCAGGCAAAUAUCAAUAUGCCCAAUUCUUUAAAUAGAUGUAUCUUAACCAAUAUUGUUUGAUCUUCAUACAAAUUGCCAAAAGCAUCCUGAACGUCAACAUCGUCUCCAGGAUACGGAAUGGAUGGCCCGUGGUUGUGUAAGCAUGAGCCUGUUCUGGUAACACGAUGCAAUCUCCCCACUGGAUUUGUAAUGGCCUUGUUAUGAUUUGCUUGGUGAUUCCAGGUUUAAUAGCAACCAAUUUCCUGAAGAGCCGAGGAUUGUAUGUCCCCUAGGGGCUGGCUGCGAGGGUGAUAUUUAAUGCAGGAUAAAUGGCUCUUUGAAUAGUGUGCAUGACACAUUGAAAACAUACAGGAAGGGCAGUUAAUGCUAUUGAUCUGAUAACACUAUUGUUAUACAACAAAGUAUGAAACUAAUCAGCGUGUCUGUACCAUGGUUGAACAGAUUGUGUAUGAGGAGAUGAAAAGCUAAAUGGGCGACUUCAGAUGCCUUGAUGUUCAGCGUGGUAAUUUGAGUAUUGAGUGUAGGUACUAUUUUACACAGUUUCAAAUCUGAGGUUAUAGUCGAUACUGUUAUGUCGAUUACAUAGGUAAACAUAAAAAUAACAGAUAUAUCGAUGUAAGUGAAAUAACAUGCAUGGCAUCGGCUAUGUAUAUGUUACAAAUGAGUGUGAUCAACGCUGAGUAAUCAAACGUCGACGGGCAUUCGGCAACGUCAUUCAACGUCACUCUGUUAUACUUGUUGACGACAUGAUUCUUCCAAACGAGUGGGGUAGCCUAGUGGUUAAAGCAUCAGCUCGUCACGAUGAAGACCUGGGUUCGAUUCCCAGGUACAAUGUAGGAAACCAAUUUCUAGUGUUCCCCGCUUUGACAUUUUUGGAAUAUUGGUAGAAGCGGCUUAAAACCAUACUCACUCCAAACGUGAGGUAACAGAAAUACUCUUCUCUGCAAACUUUCACAGUUUUAUUUUGUAACGAAGCUAAUCAGAUUGAAUCUGCCUCUUUUUGUUUAUGUAUUUGCAUUUUUGUGUUUAUUUUCUACCUAAUCACCCCUUUUAAUCCGCUAAAAAAAUAUACUUUAUUUCCUCAGUUAAGAUACCUUGAUUUUCCAGGAACAUUUGUUUUGGUAACGUACAUAAGAACCAGCUGUUCUAUAAAUUUCUGAUGUACAGAUAAUCGAGCAUGCCAAAAAUUGAAAGUCUGAAAUUUGAUAAAUGAAAUGAUGUAAUAAAUGUGUGUAUCUUCCAAGAAUGACUAUAGAAUCUAUAGUAAAUUCGGACAUUCCAUGUGCCAAACUGACAGUAGAUUGUAGUUUAGAUGACGUGUACAGGUAGGCAAUGAACAACACCGUGCGUGUGUACAUUACAAUCAAAACUAUAGUGACAAUAAUCUCCCAUGUGCGGUUAGCGUGUAUAUUGACAUUACAUUUUGAAUGUGUACAGGUCUGUCAAUAAAUAUUUCAACCCCAA